AUGCGCAAAUCAAAAGACAGAUUGGGUCUCCUGCAAACAAAGAUGGACAAAUAUAAGAGACCAGUACAAAAAAAAAAUAUAAAAAGUCAAAAAACUGUUACUGGCCAAGCUGCAAAGAAAAUCAAACUGUAUAAGUUUUCUGAACAACUUCAAUUUCUCAAGGGUGUUGACGAAGAUAGAGAUUCUAUAAGCAAUUUUGUACAAUUCAGUGAAACGAUACCUUCUCCAUCAUCUGAGAUACAAUCUAUGAGCAACGAUUUAAUUGACAUAAAUCAGCAGUUAAAUUUGCAGGACCACGAUGAUGUUGUAGUUAGUCCAUUGCCUACGUCAUCAGCAAUGUCACCAGCAACAUCUUCGGCUACAAAUGAACAAGCUGAGUCUCCACUAGACUCUCCAUUAUCAGCGACUCAGACGACUAAGCGUUUGAAAAAAAAGAUGUCUGGCCCCGAUAGUGAAUAUGCUUCAAUGUUGGCAGCUGAAAGUAUGCUUCCUAAUAAAGUAAAACGUCAUUUGGAAACAACUCACAGUAAUUUACAAGGUAAGCCGAGAGAGUUUUUUGUUAGAAAAUUGCGAGAACUGAAACAUCAGUCCACGGCUUUGCUUUCAAGAGCAUCAGUUCCUACCAAAGCAUUGCUUGACUCCAACAAGGUAGCUCACCGUGUUGCCAAAUGUAAGAAGCCACAUACAAUUGCUGAGGAACUGUUUUUACCUGCAGCGGUUGAUAUGGUAUCAGUGAUGAUUGGAGAAUCGGUGGCUAAAGAAAUAAAAAAUGUACCUCUUUCAAACAAUACGAUUAGCCGCCGUAUUCAUGAUAUGGUAGAAGAUAUUAAUGAACAAAUUGUGGAGAAACUUUUAGACUUAUUUGCCAUUCAACUUGAUGUAGCGACGGAUAGUAAUGACGAUGCUCAAUUGAUAUGUUACGUGCGGUACAUACAAGAAACAAAUAAAUUAAAUGAUCUUAAUAAGUCCUUGCAGGGAAACAAUACUCACAUACUGCAACUGGCAGAUAAAAUUACUGGGUUUCAGAAGAAGUUGCUCUUAUGGAAGAGAAAAUUAGAAGAAGAUCAUGUACAUACUGACUGUUUCCCUGCUUUACAAUGCAUUCUACAAGAAAACUCGAUAGAAAGCCUUGAUGCCUCUCUAAAACUAAUUUUUACACAGCACUUGUCAUCAUUAAGUGAACAUUUUGAAAACUAUUUUCCAGAAAAUCUGGAGCAAUAUGACUGGGUUAGAAACCCUUUCCAGUCGACCUCACCAUCAACACUUUCGACAAAGGAAGAAGAACAAUUAAUAGAAUUGUCCUGUGACUCCAGCCUUAAGCUCCAAUACGACAAAGACAAACUGUUUGAAUUUUGGAGCUCAGUUUCUUACGACUAUCGUGCCAUCAGCUAUGCAGCAUUGAGGGUUCUAUUACCAUAUGCGACAUUGUACUUGUGCGAAACAGGCUUUUCUGCAAUUGCCGUAAUAAAGAACAAGUACAGAUCGAAAAUAAAUGUAGAGAAAGAGAUGAGAGUGGCAAUUUCCAAACUUGAGCCACGUUUUGAGAAGCUAUGCUCAGAAAAGCAAGCACAUCCUUCUCAUUAG